AUGGAUGUGGAUUUCCUGCAGCCAGUGAGGAAUAUGUCGGUUCACAUAAAGGUCUUUAAGCGUGACUACAGCAACAAAUAUCAGCCAUUCUUGGUGGAUGUUGUGGUUAAUAUGUGCGACAUUAUUGGGCGCAGAAAUUACAGUCCCUAUGGAAGAUAUUUGUGGGGUCUGUUCAAGCGUUAUACCAACUUUAAUCACUCGUGCCCAUUUGUGGGCCACAUGUUUGCUCGCGGCAUAUUCAUUGAUGAGAGUGUUGUGCCCGUCAAGCUGCCACUGGGUGACUACCAAAUUGUUCUGUUUCCAUUUGAAACCUACAGAGAGAAGCCACCACAGUCCAUCGGUUCGAUUAAGUUCAAUGCGCAGGCCAUGGUGCCAGUGAUACCCAAACGAAAUAGAACGAACCCAACAGACCGAACCACUAGCCGGGCUCCACAAACUGUCAUUGUGCCCGUUAAAAAUGGGAAAUAA